AGGACAAAAAGCCUUUCCUUCGUGUGCAGAUGAGAGUGACUCAUUCUCUUCUUUAGGGGCUUUUCUCUCCUCGAAAGACUACUUCCACUUUGCUAGGGCUGACAAAUUAUUUUUUUAACAAGUCCAUUGAUUUUGUGCUGUUUGAGUUCAAAAUUCCUGAUACAGAUGUUAACACCUACAAGCCUGCAUUGCACAGAAUGAGAAAUUAGUGAAGAAUUGAUCAUGAAUGGACAGGGGCUUGAUGAUCGUUAUGACAUCCUUUCUGUUAACAAAAGUCUUGAUGAGCUGGGUAUGUUAAGUACUGUUACAGAGAGCCGAAAGGAAUAUUUACAAGAGUGUUUGAGAGACGGCAUGGAAAAACUAAACGUAGAUCAACCAGGGCCCUCUAGUGCCCGCUGGGAUCCACAAAAGAGCCCCAAAAGUCCUGGAUCUUCAAAUUCUACUGAAAAGGAAAACACAAACCUUGGAGGAUUUCAAGUACUUACCAUGAAUUCAACCUUCAUAACCAGUUUUAAAGCUGGUUACGAAUUGCCUUGUCAUGGGAUUAGAGAGCCAACUUCUAAAAGAGUAUACAAAUGUAGUUUAACUCGCAGACGGCGGUUGCGUACACACCCUUAUGACAAUAACAUGCCUGUGCCUAGUACCAGUGAAACACCAGUUUAUAACAAUGGUUCAUAUCGCUUGCGAACAACCAGUUUAAGUAGUGGGACUAGUAAAAGUCGUGGGAAUAAUAGAAGCCAUAAUGGUAGUUGUAGUAGCAAUGGUAAUAAUGGGCCUAUGUUGGUCAGAUCUCGAAGUAUGGAAAACUUGUCUGCUUCAAUAAAUGAUGGGUUGAUUCUUUCAUCUAAGCCAAGAGAGCUAGAGACUGUAUCCAGAGGUAUACAGCAACUAAAGAUGGAUGAUUGUGUGUGAGGUUCACAGUUGGUGUGUUUAUCUGGCUAAUACACUACAUAUUACAUGUAUUAAUAUUUUUAAAAGAAAAAAUCACCUGCUGUUGGAAGUUUCUUCACUCUGCAUAUUUCUGAUUCAGGAAAUAAGGUUAAGAACUUCCAUUGUGCAGCAUCCAAGAAAUAUUCCAUCACUAAGUUGUUUCUUUUGUGGCAGAUGGAUGUAUUCUAGACUUGAUUUGUUAUUUUUGCUUUUUUGGGGGAAGUGUUGCUCUUGGUUAAAUGGUUAUCAGCAGUUGAAACUGAAAUGUGAUACGGUUCAGAUCUGAAGCCAAAGUAUUGAAGUGAGUUGCAUAUAUGGCCUUUGAUUGUGAAGUUGUUAUAUUUUUAUGUUACUUUAUUAAGAUCAAACCUUGUUAAUUUGAUAUUGAAGGACAGGAAAUUUAUUUAACUUCAAUCAGGUACAGUGCUUUUGUCUUGACAGUUCUACCUCAUGAUCAUUAUAGAUAUUUUUAAUGGUGAAUAUAUUUUAUUGGUACAAAUGUUAGAAUAUCAUGAAGAGAGAAUUGCUGUAGGCUUUGUUUGUUUAUACACCAGUGUGUUUGCGGGAACUAUCCAUUCAUAGAAAUAAUUAGCAACUAUUUGCAGGUAAGAGGCCAACAAAAGUUUGACAUUGUUAAGGGUAAUAUAAGGUGAUGAUUUUUUUACAUAGAGCAAAAAAAUUAAAUGUCAUAACUGGAGAACUAAGAAUUUAUAUGCCAAAGAUUAUGUCCUACUCUCGUGUAUAGAAAAAAGUGAUAAUAGUAGUAAAUUAGAAUAUUUGUUUAUGAAACUUAAAAUGCUUCUAUACCUCUCCUUAUAACAGAAUGUACUGAAGCUCACAUUUGUAGCAAAAAUAACAAAUAUUUAGUAUUUUUAAGGCUUAUAUUUGAAUGUUCACACUUUAUAUGUAAACUGUACAUGUUCAGUUCAUCAUUUCUUGAGUAUGCACACAGAAGUAAUAGGUUAUAGCCAGUGUGCAUGAGAAAGAAAAAUCUGUAGGAAAGAAAGUAUUCAUAAACUUAAAACUUUUUUCUUUU